UUGACUGCUCCCUGCUGAGGUGUGAAAAUCGCAAAACAUCCUUGGAAAUGGAGUUCGCAAUGGACUCCCAUUGUCUAAGCAGCAUUUUUGGCGCUAUUUCUUUGUCUCGGGGAAAACAAAGGAAUAAAGCACCUCGUGGUCAGGCCUCACAGGUUACAUGUAGGCCUUCUUUGUGUGACCUCAUGGUUUGAGGCCCAACACUGUUCACCGUUUUGUUCUGAGUUUUACUCUGAACAAAUUAACAGUGCAGUGGUGCAGUUUGGUUUCACAGAGACAAAUGCUAAGAUCACAGCAGAUGUUCAGUACAAAGGGAUAACUUACAAGAGGGGUCAAUUUGUUGUCACUAGGAAUGAUGAUUUGGUUCAAUUUGGUGAACUCAUUCAGGUCAUAGCGAAGGAUGACACUGCUGUUCAUUUUCUAUUGAGACUACAUGCCACAGAAUUUUUGCCACACUACCGCAUGUACUCUGUAAAAAACCCAAGUGAAAAAUUGCAAUGCUUUCACAUUAAUGACCUCCUAGAUGCUUGGCCAUUGUCAUCCUACAUCAAAGAUGGACACCAGAUUGUCCCAUUGAGGCACAGCAUAUUGUCAAUAUAAAUGUGAAACAGAAAUUGUAGUGAUGUACCAAUCAGGAAUUUUCCUCUCGAGGCAGAAAUAUAGGCCAAGACGGAUUCAAAUAACAGGAUGAUGGUCAAUGUUCUUGCCAUUUUUACCAAACGUAAAAGCCAGCUUCUGUCAUAGUUUUGCUGUUUCAUGAAAAAUGUACUCAUGCCCAUGCCAAAAAAACCCCUACAUGAUUUUGCUAAGACACUUUUGUUUUGAUACAGUUAAAAGCAAAUGCAAGGUGCUUGUUUGCAUAGAAUGGUGAUUGUUUGCAUAGAAUUGUGAAUGUAACACAGCCCAAAUUGUUUUUGUUUGUGACAGAAAUGUCAGAAUCCCAGACUGAAAUGAUCAGAAGGACCAUUGCUACAGUAUUUCCAGAUUACUCUGAAGACAUUCUAAGUUCAGUGAUGGAUGCUCUCAAAGCGGUGGGUGUAGAGACUUUGGAUGACCUCCACUAUAUAACUGAAGUUGAUUUGUUGCCCACACUAAAACCAGUUCAAGCCAGGAGACUUGUUACCUGGGCUAAAAAUACUAAGUAUUAAAGCUAACUUUCCUCACCAUUGACUUCACAAAACCAGCAUCAUUUUGUGUUGAAAAGUGGACAAAUGUUUCCUUUGUCUAAUUACAGAGUCUGUCACACCACCUUUGUCCUCAGUGUGUGCAUCUCCACUGCCCAGCCAUAUCUUCCUCCCCAUCGCCCACUUCUUCUGUGACAUCUUUGUCCUCAACAUGCAACACACCAUCCUCUUCAGUCAACUGGAUUGAGAAGUUUGAAAUUCCUUGGGCUAAACUCCCUGAAGAGCUCAUGCAAUUUCUGGCAAGACAGAAAAGGCCUUCCCCAAAACUUAGACGUGAAAUGAUCAGGGUUGUUGUAGCAGCUGUAAUCAAGGUGUGCAACAAUCCUACCAAACAGAACAUGACACAGAUUGCUAAGAGGAUGGUGGCGAAGUACCCAAAGUCUCUCCAAGACGUCAUUGAUGGUGACGUCGUUGGUUCUGGAUAUGACUCGAUUGCCAAGCAGCUACAGACUCAGGUGGAGAACGUAAAAAGACCAGACACGCCAAAAAUAAAAAGACGUAAACAAGACACUGAGGAAGAGGACACAGAUGAAGUCACACCAAGCCAACGAGCAACUGUGCAGGACACCUAUGGGUGUGUGAAGUGGGAUCCAAAGUUUAUGCCAGUGACUGAAACUGUGGAGUCUCAGAAGAUUAAGAAAGAACAAAUGAAGAAGAUGCACGAGGACAUGCAUUACAAUGCAGAGGAGAUCAAAAAGUUGGUUGUGGCAACUUACUUCUCCCAAAGAGGAGACAUCAACAAAGGAGUGACCUUAAAGCACCUUCGUCAAGAGUGGCCUUUUCUGUUUAAAGAGCCUGGCAUGGCUGCACACUUUGAAGAAUUGACUGGUCUUAGUCUCAUCGGCACCUUCAUUGGAAAUGUGGAAAGAAAGGGCAGACGUCUUCUGGAAUUCUUCAGACAUGUGAUUGCACCAAAAAACAAAAAGGUCCAGGAUGUGCUGAUGAAAUGCCAUGCUGCAAAAGGGCCAUCAGGCAGGUGCACAGAGAUCAUUGAGAUGUUUAUCCUUCUGAUGACCCGUUUCACUGAGAAGGAAGAAAGCCUUUUCCAUUUCGUUGAUGAUACUUGUCUGGCCCAUGAGAUUGAACUGCAGAGGCUUCCACCAAACCCCUGUAUCAUUGUGUGUGGUAAGUUUGCCUAAACCCUCAAGGUGUACUGAAUGCUGGUGUACUGAAUUGAUUUGUUCCUGUUGUACUGAAAUGACUUGGGGAUAGGGGGUGGGGUUCAGUGGAUGAUUUGAGUCCAAUGUUUGCGUGGGGUUUGGUGGAUUAAUGUGUCUCUAAUGUGUGCCUGCUAGUCCAGGUAUGGAGGUUGUUCAGUCUGCUGCCAUCAUGUUGGAGGGGUGGGUGGGUUUACAGGAGGCAUCACAGGUUUCUUAAUGUGAACCACAGUUUAACUCUUUUGUUAUUGGCUGUUUGUUUUGUUCUUUGUACUUGUCAUUUUAGGGUCCUCCUGUUUUGCAGCCCAGACGUACAUGCUGUCCAUUGACCAGGAGGUGGUCAAUGACCACAUCACUUCUUUCAUGUUGGCUGUCUGUCUGAUGUUUGGGAGCUACUACGUUUUCAACAUUCAUUACCCAGUGGAGCUCCGCUCCACACUGGAGUUUCUCCAGAGGUAAUUUUGUCAUUUUACAUUGUAACAAUAGAUGGUCAUACUCUAUCCUUAUCCUUUAUUAUUUACCCUCUAAAGUUAUGUAAAACGUGCACAUUUGUUUUACUUAAGGUGCUUCUUCGCCAUAAACCCGGAAAGAGGAACAAAGGUUGAAUGGAGAAAACAGAAGAAAGUGCUCCCAGUCAAUCCCAGAGUGCUAACAUUGAUUUCAGACCUGGCCGACUAUGAGUGGAAAUAGAGUAGCCUAUCGACAUGUUUCAAAGAGAUGCCUAGGGCAGUUCCUGUUGUUUAACGUUACAGUUUUUGCUGAUAUGGUAUGUCUGUUAAUGAUUUGUUACUGUUACUGAGUCUGUUUCCGAUCUGGCUGACUAUAGAUGGAAAUAUUGGAAAUAUAAUGGAAAUAGUGCCGACACUAUGGUUAAUGAGAGGAGAGAGAAUACUGACAUGUUUAAAAUAAAUGUAUAGAGUACUUACUAUUGUUUUAGGUUACAGAGUUGCUGAUAUUGAAAAGAGCGUUAAAAUUUGUUACUGAUUUCAGAUAUGGCCGACUACACACUGUAAAACCGAACAGUAUAAGCUUAUUAAAAAUGAUGAGUUGUAUUAUUAAAUUAAAAACAGCUAUUACAAGGCAAAAUGUUUGAGUUAUUUCAACGAAUUUUUAAUUUUAAGUGUACAGUACUUAACCACUUUAAUGAUUUUGAUAUAUUGUACUCAAAUAAUUUGAUAGUAAUCACUUAAUCCGCGUGACGUCACGCACGUGCGUACGUGCCUCUUCGCCAAAGUGGAAAUGUCCGCCAUUACUGCUGCUACAUCCCUGCAGUGCACAGGUUGAAAUUGAAGCAACAAAAGACUGGCUGAGAUACAGAUACCAGAUUCUUCAAUCUGGUAUGUUUAUAAUGCUCUGCUCGUACCAGUUCUCACUCUAAAUAUUAGAGUUGUAAAUAGAAUUUUGGUUUCCAAUGGCUUGGAGGUGCAAACUCUGUGCUACUCUCUUUGAUAGAAAGGCACAGUUGCUUGAACAUUAUCGUUUACAUCAUAGCAAUGUCUCCUCAGUCAAUCAAUUGCCUUGUCUCUAUGACAACUGUGUCUGCACAUUUCAUUCAGUAAAUGCAUUGAAAAUUCACCUAACCCGGUUACAUACUCAGACGCUUGUGCAAAGUGACAAUCAAGAAGGAUAUGUGUCAUUUGUCUGUGCUGUGUGUAAAUUUAAAGAACCUUUUAAUGACAAAACUCUUCUCAGUCAUUUAAGGAUGCAUUUAAAACAACACGAGAUGGUGGAUUGUCCAUUCAAAAAUUGUCAGUACCGCACUAAUGUGUAUUCCUCCUUUAAUGCCCACAAAAGUAGGAAUCAUCUAGGCUGUGAAUUCUCAGAUUUUAAGACAGAAAUUGUCUUGACAGAAACUGACGGCCAACCCAUUCAGAACCAAGUUGAAUCUGAUGAGGCUGGUCCGUCUCAGAAUUUUCUUGAGCUGGAAGCUCCAGAGUGUAAUCCUCCCGACUCUGGAUAUGACGCUGGUGAAUUGCAAACUCAACUGAGAAAAAAUUUGGCUUCUUUGUUCUUGAAAAUGCACAGUGUUCUGCAUGUGUCAGAGACAGCGAUACAAGACAUAGUGGAAAAUCUGGCACAAAUAUUCACGUUGUCCAAACCCCUUGUGAGAGACUCUGUCAUCAAGGUUUUAGGAGAGCAUGAUCAGUCUAUCAAUGAGGCCCUUCUUGAGGAAUUGGUGGAAGCUGUCAUGAAAAGUAAUGUUUUUGUCAGUGCUACUGCUGAAGGUGCAGAGCUGUCCAGUGCUAAACGGAGGAAAACAUUUGUAAGAAGUCACUACCCUCUGGUAAUGCCAGUGCAAUAUGCUGUGGAUUCCCUUGGACACACAGCAGUGUAUGUUCCAAUACUACAGAUGCUUCAAACAAUGUUUAAAAAUACAGAUCUUCUUGACAAGAUUCAAGAAACUAAACCAUCACCACCUGGAAUGUACAUGUCUCAUGAAGAUGGAAUGUAUUUCAAAGAAAAUCAAUUGUUGUCAGCGGCAGAAGACCUUAAGUUGUCUCUGAUUUUAUAUGUGGAUGACAUUGAACUAGCUAAUCCUUUAGGCACAGCUAGAAAGAUCCACAAGCUUUGUGCGGUGUACUGGUUGCUAGCCAAUGUGCCCAGUAUAUAUAGGUCCAGCCUUCAUAUCAUACAACUAGCUCUGUUGUGCAAAGUACCUGAUCUGCAGAGUUGUGGUUAUGAAAGUGUUCUUUCACCUUUGCUGAAAGACUUGCAUACUCUUGAGCAGGAUGGCAUUUUUAUCGAACCUGUCGGCCAAUGCGUAAAGGGCACUGUCAUGUGUGUUGCUGCUGAUAAUUUGGCUGCCCAUGGUCUGGCAGGCUUUGUGCAGUGUUUCAGGGGACACUAUGUCUGCAGAUUUUGUUGCUGUACUACAGACCAAAUACAGUCCACUGAAGUUUCUGAAGGAGAGUUUAGCAUGAGAACAAGGGCCUCCCAUGACGUACAUGUGCAGAAUGUUGUGCAAGGAGAAAAUGCAUCUCAUUUUGGUCUAAAGGCUGAGUGCACUCUCAGUAAGACACUACAGCAUUUUCAUCCUAUUUCUGGUUUCCCACCUGAUAUACUUCACGACCUUUUUGAAGGUAUUGUGCCAGUUGAGUUGGCCUUGUGCAUUCGUGAAAUGAUUCGUCUUAAGUAUUUCACUCUUGAAUAUCUUAACACAAAAAUACGUUCAUUUCCAUAUCAGCACUCUGAUAGGCUUGAUGAACCACAACCAAUCCCAAAGAAUUUUACGGCCAAACUAAGCAUUGGUGGAAAUGGACAUGAAAAUUCCACUUUGCUGAGGUUAUUGCCCCUUAUGGUGGGAAGUAAAGUUCCUGAAGGAGAUGAAACCUGGGCUAUUUUGAUGGACCUGAAAGAAAUCGUGCAGCUAGUACUCUCCCCAUCUUUCACAGAAGAUUCCAUCCAGUACAUGCAGACUAAGAUAAGUGAUCACAGACAGGGUCUUCAAGCAGUGUUUCCAGAUUUUAAGCUCCGACCCAAACAUCAUUACCUUGAGCACUACCCAGAACUAACAAGAUGUUUUGGGCCUCUGGUUCACUUAUGGACCAUGAGGUUUGAGGGAAAACAUCGCUUUUUCAAAAGGGUGAUACAUGACACACAGAAUUUCAAGAAUGUCUUGAAAACUCUUGCAACCAGGCAUCAGCACAUGAUGGCGUAUCACCUCAGUGCACCAUUGUUUUUCAGACCCCACACACGAGCCUCAAGUGUCACCUCUGUCCAAAUCGCCACACUGCCGCAAGUGGCCAAAGACUUCAUAGAGACAAAGACAGAAAGCCAAAACAUAUAUAGUACUUCAAAGGUCUCCAUAAAUGGCACAGAUUUUGCAAAUGGAAUGUUUGUGUCUGCAGACCAGACUGGAGGACUUCCAAAUUUCAGCAGAAUUGAACGUGUUCUGCUUGUGGAUAACUCUGUUUCCUUUCUUUGCAGGAACUACAAGUGCUGGUACAGUGAGCAUUUACGAUCAUUUGAGCUGACAUCAACAGGCAACACCUCUGUGCUUCAGCUGUCAGAGUUAAAUGACACUGUAAGUCUCAUGGCAUAUGAUAUUGAUGGGCAUUUGAUGUUAACGCAGAAAAGAUUUAUUUUGAUCAGAGACUUGCAGGAUUAAAAUGUAUUUGGAAAUGAGGAUCUAUAGACAGUGGAGAAAAUAAUCUGCCCUCUGCUGGAAAUAAUCAGUGCCAGUGACACUGCCCACCACAACAAGCCAAUAAAGACUAACUGAACAGAUUGUUUUGUUUAUUGCAAACGGCAGGCGUUUGAAGUUAAUGAUACUCAUCAAAAACAAUAUUUUUUUUCAUUCUAAAAUGAAAAUUUGAAGUACAUUUCUGGCAUUUCUUUUGAACAACAUCAUGAUUAUAUGUUAUCAAACUGGAUGGUUCCCUUCAAUCGAUGUAAGUCAGUAUAUUUAUUUUGAUCAAAGAGUCAAAUUUCUUUGUUACUCUAAUCCAGUAAAUCACUGAUUAUACAAGUUGAAAAAUUUCAGAGUUUGAAUAUUACCAUUAAAAUUAUAGUCAUAUGAAUAGAAUGGACACAAAUCAGAAAACAGGCAUGUGUUGAAUAUGCUUUUCAAUCAUGGGUGUCUUUGAAAUUACGAUGUUUCCAUAUGCAAUAAAUCCUGCUUUAAUUAAUGUUAUGUUUUUCUUGGGGGUUAAGGUUACGAUCACAGUACACAUUCAAAGAUUUGUAGACUGGAAUGAGGUAUAAUAAAUAACUGGACUGAACAUGAUUAAUAAAUGUCUAUUCAUUUUAUUAAUCAAAAAUAAUGCCUCUGCCACUGUGUGAAUGAAUGAAAAUCCACAUCUUGGAGAAAACAAUUCUGAGUACAUGCCAUUCAAAUUUACCAUAUUGUAUGGAUAUUGAUAAUUUUGAUAACUUAAUAACUGGUUCUAGCCCAAUUUCUGUUUGCCUGAAUCAUUCAUACUCUCCAAAAUAUACAAUUUCAUGAUCUAUUCCAAGCUUCAGUUUGCUUCAGUAUGCUUAAAUAUUAAGUGGCCAUUUCUCACUGUUGUCACUUGGACUGCAAACUCCAGUGUAAAUUAGUCAAAUCUAUAGUUACAUGAAAAUAAACAGUACCAUGGAAAUUCCAUAGUGCUACCUUUUUUUUGUAAUGCUGAAAUCCUGCCCUUGAAGCAAUGGUAAUAUUACCAAGUUUCAGGUUUAUCUUAAUAAAUGCCAUAGUUGCUAUGCCAUGUGUCAACAAAAUGUACACUCGCCCCUAAAAGAUUAAUUGCUUAUUUUUUAUUUUAUGUUACAUAUGGUGAAUCAAAUCACAUUCAUAGAUUGUAAUUUUUUUUUUUUUACUGCUAUUUGUCUUCUGAUAAGCCACUGAUAUAUUUUUCAGCAAUCACCCUUUAGAAAUAGCUGAGGGAGUCUAGGGCCUAAGGUAACCCUUCUGUUGUUGUCUGCAGGUGGCGCAGUCUGAACCAGACAUUGGUGACUUACCGGUUGGGCUCUUGAUCAGUGCCACUUCAGAUGCCAUGUACCUCUGCCCAGAGAAGGUUGCGGUCGUGCUCGAGGGUAAAACAGUCAUUGAUUUUCCCACAUUCGCUGACGCAUUUGUAGUGCUUUUCGCACUGAUUUAUGCACUGCAUCUGAAUUACCCAAAAGACAUGGCAAAUACUUUUGACUUCACUCAGAAAGUCUUGAUGGGUCUGGAGGAUGGAAACAUGGGACCCAGGGUCUUGAGCCUCAAAAAUGAACUUUUGGCAGUGGAGUAGUUUGUUCCUGUUUUAAAACAUCUUAGAGAUGUGUUUUUCAAAGAUUUUUAUUGUUCAAUUUUGAAUGUGUUAAUGUUCAAGAAAACUCAUUCUGUACUGGUAAGAUCCCAUACCAUGCGGUUGUCCACUAUGUGGUUCUUUUGUCAGGCCAUUUUGUUAGGCCCUUGCACUAUUGUUCAAUGUUACUGUUCCUGUUUUUGCACUGAAUGGAAGCGUAUAGGGCAAGAUAUUGAUGUAUAACGUGAAAGUUGUCAACCAGCAGAGAUAUUGCCUUAAUAUUCAUUGUCAUGUAACUCUUUUUAAUAUGCGGCCAUUAUAAGCAAACUGAAAAAUUGGUGAACAGAACGGUUUAUGGCAAUAUUUGGAUAAUUUUGGUAUCAAUUGCCUUUCCUUGUCAGGAAACGUACAAAAAUGUUUUUAACUUGCCACGAUUGUAUAUUAAUAUCAUGAUAAAAAUUGGCAUGUACCAUUAUAGGAGUAUAUACAUAUUGUCCACUUCUAUAGUUUGGGGAAAAAAGUAAUUUCCCAAAGGCCCCUGCACUGUUUUUGAAGGUGUUAUCGUGCUAAUUUCAGUGUAAAAUGUUUUUGGUUACUAAAUAAAAUAGUAACUUGCAUUUGAA